UGAUUCAUAAAAGCAAAAAGGAACAGCGGGAACACAACGCUCGAAUAGAAGCAAUGAUGAGAUCAAUGCGUCCAAUAGCGAUGCGUGUCGCCCCGAUUCAACACGGAUUGGCCCCGGCACCCCCUCCUACAGAGAUCCCUUGCAUUCUGAACGUCUAUUACACGUGUCACCAACCAGGGCAUAUAGCCCAAGAUUGCCCUCUUCGACCCCCACAGCAACGAGUCGGAGCCGCACCAGUAGCAGCAGCCCUGAUCGCCAACGGACCGGGACGAGUAGGGGCAUUGAUGGAAGAAAUGGACGGAGGCGGAAGCACAUUGGCUACGAUGGAAAAAGUUGCGGAACUAAUUUCGUUGGAUCAGUACGUAACGCUUGGCUAUCCAGGACUUGGGAUGAUUGGAACGAUUAGACCCGCGCCAGAACAAAGAGAAGUGGCAGAAUGGCGACAUUCUCCAGGAGAAAUGGAGUCAGGAGGACCUACCUUCGUCACGGGGGAGAUCGAUGUUCUAAACAUCGUUCGAGCCUUGGACCAUCGGAUUCCUCUUCCGGUCGGUCACCUACUCUCGAUAUCGGAACAAGCUAAUGAACGAAUGUUGCAACACUGCAAGUGGGUCCGAUGUUCGAUGGGUAUUUGCAACAUGCCUGCCACGUUUCAGCGGGCGAUGAACGUGACAUUUCAGAACUUCGUCAACAAGACGUGGCUCACUCAAGGGAUGAUUAACUUUUGCGUCAUCGUGUACAUGGACGACAUCCUCGUCUACUCGGAGACCUAUCACGGGCAUGCACAACACAUCGAGUGGACGCUGGGAGCUCUGAGAGACGUUGGGUUCAAGAUCGCGCUUGAGAAGAGCGAGUUUUUUCUUUCAGAAAUCUCGUUUUUAGGUUACGUAGUGACACGUGGAGGACUGCGGCCAGAUUCAAGGAAAGUCGCGGCGGUGAAAGAUGCUCAUGUCCCCAUGUCAGUAACACAAGUUCGAGCUUUCCUGGGACUGGCAUCGUACUACCGUCGUUUUAUCAAGGGCUUCGCUGCGAUUGCGCGACCUCUGACGAAUUUGCUGCGAAAGGACCAGCCCCUCAGUUGGGACGCAGAGUGCGAACAGGCCUUCGCCACCGUCAAAGGCGCUUUGGCGACGACACCUAUUUUGAUCGGGUCGGACCCUAGGAAGCAGUUCAUUCUCAUCACGGACUGGCAGCCAGAGGCGAUUUCCGCUAUUUUAGCGCAGAAAGGGAGUGACGGUCGAGAGCACGUCAUCGAGUACGCGUCUCGUACGGUGCCAGACGAACGAAGGAACGACUCAGCCCCACAAGGUGAAUGCUAUGUUGUAGUCUGGGGAAUUCAACAUUUCCAUCCGUACUUGUACGGACAGAAGUUCCUCCUUGUAACCGAUCACGAGUCAUUAUUGGCUCUCAAGAAGCUCACCAAUUACACGGGUGAGGAAAUGUGCUCGCCAAGGGAAGAUAUCGCCACGAUUCUUCGGGCGAUUUCACGCGAUCGAGCUCGGCCCGAACGGGGUGAACACAGUGCGCCUCGUGCUAGAGGUCUCAGGGAGCCGAUCGGCUCCGCCGAUCGUACGCCACAUGUCCUAUCUACGUCCCCUCCAUUCCUCCCCAUCUCUAGCAGCGCUUUCUUCCUCCUUCGCUUCAAAGGAAGACGACGAUUCUCUAUCGCCUUCAUCUCCUCCUACAUCUCCCGCCCCCUCUUAUACCCCCUCACCAUCGCCAUGAGUUUUCCCACUGAGCGAGCCUUCGGUGAUCACCUGCUGGCGCCACAUGGUUACAUCUCGGCAAUCCGGCAAGUUCAUCAUUCGCGCUUCAGUCUGGAUCUUCUACGGCUUGCCCAGUUCUUCUGUACCACAGGGGUAUACGAGGCAGCAGAGUUCCGAUUCGCGAUCAAUCGUCAGGCGGUUGUGUUGGCGGAAGCGGUAGCUGUUCAUCGACUGUCAACCCCGGGGGUUAGCCAUGUGUCUACCGUUGUCUCCUUCAGCGGCGAUAUCAGCGCGAUCAGCCCGCUGCGACAUACGGCGAUCCGGACGCAGUGGGAGUUGUGGCGCGAACAUUUCAUCGAUCUUUCUGUGUGCCUGGUCGGGGUGCGACUCACGUGGACAAGGGACGAGGAACACCGUGCUUGGAUCGAGUACCUGGAGUUGCUCAUCAUACAAGCCUGGAGGACGGAAGUGGAGGGAGACCUCCUCGGAUUUUUGUUCGGAUCAGUGCGGCUCGGCCAUCGGCAGAUAAUUUUGCAAGAACUCACGAUCCCUCUCACACAACUGGUCGACGAUCUCCCUCUUGAUAUCGUCUCUCAGUGUGACAAAAGCCCAAUCCCACACAUCCUUACACGAACUCUGACACCUUACCUUCAGUGGUCAGCCUACCUCGAGGAGUCGGGAAGCAACAACAACCUGCCAUCGCAACGGGGAUACCUGAACUCGCGAGAGAUAAUCGACCUUGCAUUCUUCCAGCCUCGAACAGCCUCCGAAGACGAGGAGCUAACAAUAGAAGAAGGAGAAGAAGAAGAGGACGACGCUGACGAAGAUGAAGAAGAAGAAACGCCGGAAGAAGGCAGCUACAACGAACACAGUGAGGGAGAGCAGAGCGAUGAGGAGGAGGACGAAGAACAAGAAGAAGAAGAAGAAGACCAGGAACAGGAAGUAUCCGAGUGGGAAAGCUUGGAAGAAGAGGCGGAACAUACGGACGCUCAGGCGGAAGAUCCCGAGGCGGUACGAAAGAGAGAAGAGAUCGAGGCCGGGAAGCGACAACUCGAAUUCGCAAGCGGAGCGGAUUUGCCGAUAGCCGACGAUCCAGCUAAAGAUCCAGAGCCACCCAAGCCCGAAAAUGGGGACCCUACCGCCGAGACUUCGAGCGCACCGGCCCGACGGCGACGAAGCCAAUCCCCCUCCCCCUCCACCUCCGACAGUCCACCAGUUCGAGCCCGUACCGAUGCGGGCCAUCGGGCUUCGUCCCCGGUCCUUAUCCCGUCGUCCCCUUGAUCACUUCACCCUCCUCCAGAUCACCACCCGCGUCACCUUCCCCCGU